CUCCCUCAGCUGCCGCCCGAAAAUCAUGUCCCUCCAGGUUGUUGUCGUCGCCGUGCUGUCCCUCGUGGCGGCCGGCGCAAACGCCCUCCCCAGCAACCUGCCCUCCUACCGCGCCCCCGCGCCCUCCUACCACGCCCCGGCGCCCUCCUACCACGCUCCCAGGCCGACAUAUGCACCCAAGCCUUCUUACACACCCAAGCCAUCUUACGCCCCUAGGCCUUCCUACCACGCCCCCGCCCAGUAUGCUGAUACCCACCCACAGUACAACACAAAGUACGCCGUGAAGGAUGACUACGCCGGCCUUAACUUCGGCGCCCAGGAGGCCCGCGACGGCUAUGACACCCAGGGCUCCUACAGCGUGCUGCUGCCCGACGGCCGCCUCCAGACCGUCACCUACUACGUGAACGGCGACUCCGGCUACGUGGCCGAGGUCACCUAUGAGGGCGAGGCACAGUACCCCGCGCAAGGAUACGGACACCAGCCUUCCUACGGCCACGCCCCCGCCCUAUCCUACUCCCCAAGAUCAUCCUACGGCUACUCCCCCAAGCCAUCCUACGGCCACCACUGAACCCCAUCCCAGCCUGCAGGUCGCCCCGCCCCAAACUGAAAUACUCACACCCCGCGGGGCGGCCACUGGACCCCAAGGGCGCGGCAACAACCCUUCCCCUCACUCACCCUAAAUCCUCAUCCCUCCCUUCACGCCGCACCCGCCCCGCCCCCCCCCCACCCCCCUCACUCUUCACGCUGCUUCAUCCUGGAUUUGUAUGCUUCUGUAAAUAAUAAACGAGCUGAA